GGGUACAUUACGAUGAAACCCUACCGUUUUAGGAGGAGACGAGACGGAAGGCGGUAAUUUGCAGAGAGAUUGCAGGGAGGGAGAGAGAGAGAUUGCAGAGAGGGACGAAACCUUCAAUCUCCUUUUUAUAGAAGCUUAUCAAUGGUGGUUGUUGGUUUGGUAAAUGAAGCUCUGAUGCGGUAAUAGUGUUGUAGCGUGUGGAUUGGCUGCACUGCUGCAAGGCUUGCUGGAGUUCCUUCAAUGGCUAGUGCUUCUUCUUCAUUGUCUGGAGCUUCAUGGCUGUAAUGGUGGUUGGUGGGUUGGUGCGUUUCUCCCUCUUCCCCCAUCCCCCUGCAGUUUUUUGGUAGAUUUGCCUGUAAGUGACUUACAGGUGAUUUUUCUCCCCCAAACACCACCUGUAAGUCACUUCCCACUUACCCAACUUACAGGCAUCCAAACAGGCUCGGAGGUUUAUCCUAACACACGCACCUUUACAGAGGACACAAGAACGCAAACACGAAAGUAGGGUUUCUAUUUCUCUCACAGGAUCAAACAGCUAGGGUUUCUUCUUUAUCGAUUUAUCGAUCCAUAAUACGAAGAAAUGUACGGAGGAGGGGAUGACGACGAUCCGAUGGUCGAUGAGAUGGAGGAGAUCACGCAGGAAGAUGCGUGGGCUGUCAUCAGCGCCUACUUUGAAGAUAAAGGCCUCGUUCGCCAGCAGCUCGACUCCUUUGACGAAUUCAUACAGAACACGAUGCAGGAGAUUGUUGAUGAGUCCGCCGAUAUCGAGAUCCGUCCCGAAUCCCAGCACAACCCUGGCCGCCAGUCGGAUUUUGUUGAGACAAUCUACAAGAUCAGCUUUGGCCAAAUAUACCUGAGCAAACCUAUGAUGACGGAGUCAGAUGGAGAAACUGCAACUUUGUUCCCGAAGGCUGCAAGGCUGAGGAACCUGACUUACUCUGCACCAUUGUAUGUGGAUGUCACAAAACGUGUCAUAAAGAAAGGGCAUGACUGUGAAGAAGUCACAGAGACACAGGAUUUCACCAAAGUUUUCAUUGGGAAGGUUCCUAUAAUGCUGCGGUCUAGUUAUUGUACGUUGUACCAGAACUCAGAAAAAGAUCUAACAGAACUUGGGGAAUGUCCAUAUGACCAAGGCGGAUACUUUAUUAUCAAUGGGAGUGAGAAGGUUCUUAUUGCCCAAGAAAAGAUGAGCACCAAUCAUGUCUACGUGUUUAAGAAAAGGCAGCCUAACAAAUAUGCCUAUGUUGCUGAGGUCCGGUCCAUGGCAGACUCCCAGAACAGGCCGCCCAGCAGCAUGUUUGUUCGCAUGCUUUCUCGGGCUAGCGCGAAAGGGGGCUCUUCAGGGCAGUAUAUUCGGGCUACUCUUCCUUAUAUUCGGACAGAAAUCCCAAUAAUUAUUGUGUUUCGAGCAUUAGGGUUUGUUGCUGACAAGGAUAUAUUAGAGCAUAUAUGCUAUGACUUUUCUGACACUCAGAUGAUGGAAUUACUGCGGCCAUCCUUGGAAGAAGCAUUUGUUAUUCAAAACCAACAGGUUGCGCUGGACUACAUUGGGAAGCGAGGACAAACUGUUGGUGUGACAAAGGAAAAGAGAAUCAAGUAUGCCAGAGAAAUUCUUCAAAAGGAAAUGCUGCCUCAUGUUGGUGUUGGGGAUUUUUGUGAAACAAAGAAGGCUUACUAUUUUGGAUAUAUCAUUCAUCGACUUCUGCUAUGUGCACUUGGCCGAAGGCCAGAGGAUGACAGAGAUCAUUAUGGCAAUAAAAGGCUGGAUCUUGCUGGUCCUUUGCUUGGAGGCUUGUUCAGAAUGCUUUUCAGAAAGUUGACCAGGGAUGUGAGAGGAUAUGUCCAGAAGUGUGUUGAUAAUGGAAAAGAUGUUAACUUGCAAUUUGCAAUCAAAGCUAAGACGAUAACUAGUGGCCUUAAGUACUCCCUUGCCACUGGAAAUUGGGGACAAGCAAAUGCAGCUGGUACAAGAGCUGGAGUUUCACAGGUGUUGAAUCGCUUGACGUUCGCAUCUACUUUGUCUCACUUGCGAAGGUUAAACUCUCCCAUAGGGCGUGAAGGAAAAUUGGCAAAACCCCGGCAGUUGCACAACUCCCACUGGGGAAUGAUGUGUCCCGCAGAAACUCCAGAAGGACAGGCCUGUGGUCUGGUGAAGAAUCUAGCAUUGAUGGUGUACAUAACAGUGGGAUCAGCGGCAAAUCCUAUUUUGGAAUUUUUAGAAGAGUGGAGCACUGAGAACUUUGAGGAAAUAUCUCCUGCCGUUAUUCCUCAUGCAACCAAAAUUUUUGUCAAUGGUUGCUGGGUUGGCAUUCAUCGUAAUCCUGAGCUUUUGGUGAAGACUUUGAGACAGCUUAGGCGGCAGGUUGAUGUCAAUACUGAAGUGGGGGUUAUUCGAGAUAUCCGCCUGAAAGAACUACGACUUUAUACUGACUAUGGUCGCUGCAGCCGUCCGUUGUUUAUUGUGGAAAAACAAAGGCUGCUGAUAAAGAAGAUGCAUAUUCGAUCUCUGCAGCAAAGGGAAACCCAAGAAGAAGGCUGGCAUGAUCUUGUUGCAAAAGGAUUCAUAGAGUAUGUAGAUACUGAAGAAGAAGAGACUACAAUGAUUUCCAUGACCAUUUCUGAUCUUGUAAGUGCAAGGCAUAAUCCAGACGAAGCAUAUUCCGAGACCUACACCCAUUGUGAAAUCCAUCCAUCAUUGAUAUUGGGCGUGUGUGCUUCUAUUAUUCCCUUUCCUGACCACAACCAGUCACCUCGUAAUACAUACCAGUCUGCAAUGGGCAAGCAAGCAAUGGGAAUUUAUGUUACCAACUACCAGUUACGAAUGGAUACACUGGCCUACGUUCUCUACUAUCCACAGAAGCCACUUGUUACUACUCGUGCAAUGGAACACUUGCACUUUAGGCAGCUUCCAGCUGGCAUUAAUGCAAUUGUUGCAAUUGCUUGCUAUUCUGGAUAUAACCAAGAAGAUUCUGUUAUAAUGAACCAAUCGUCAAUUGAUCGUGGUUUCUUCCGGUCAUUAUUCUUCCGUUCAUACAGAGAUGAGGAGAAGAAGAUGGGAACACUUAUCAAAGAAGAUUUCGGGCGUCCAAACAGGGAAAAUACAAUGGGCAUGCGGCAUGGAUCUUACGAUAAAUUGGAUGAUGAUGGUCUUGCACCUCCUGGCACAAGGGUGUCAGGUGAAGAUGUCAUUAUUGGAAAGACAACUCCCAUUGCUCAGGAUGAAUCUCAAGGACAAGCUGCACGAUACACACGACGUGAUCAUAGCACAAGCUUACGACACAGUGAAAGUGGGAUGGUGGAUCAGGUUCUAUUGACAACUAAUGCUGAUGGGUUGAGGUUUGUGAAAGUAAGAAUGAGAUCUGUCCGAAUUCCUCAAAUUGGUGAUAAGUUUAGCAGCAGGCAUGGUCAGAAGGGAACUGUUGGCAUGACUUACACACAAGAAGACAUGCCGUGGACCGUGGAAGGCAUCACACCAGAUAUCAUUGUGAAUCCACACGCCAUUCCUUCUCGGAUGACAAUUGGUCAGCUUAUUGAGUGUAUCAUGGGGAAGGUGGCAGCUCACAUGGGAAAAGAGGGUGAUGCAACUCCUUUUACUGAUGUCACUGUGGACAACAUCAGCAAAGCUCUUCAUAAAUGUGGAUAUCAGAUGCGCGGCUUUGAAACCAUGUACAAUGGUCACACAGGACGUCGGUUGACAGCUAUGAUUUUCCUUGGUCCCACCUACUACCAGAGACUGAAGCACAUGGUGGAUGACAAGAUCCAUUCACGAGGGCGGGGCCCAGUGCAAAUCCUCACGAGGCAACCUGCUGAAGGGCGCUCCCGUGAUGGAGGCCUGCGCUUUGGGGAGAUGGAGCGAGAUUGCAUGAUUGCCCAUGGGGCUGCACACUUCCUUAAAGAAAGGCUGUUUGACCAGAGUGAUGCCUAUAGGGUUCACGUCUGUGAAUGCUGCGGGCUGAUUGCUAUUGCCAACCUUAAGAAGAAUUCCUUUGAGUGCAGAGGUUGCAAGAACAAGACAGAUAUUGUUCAAGUCCACAUACCUUAUGCCUGCAAGCUGCUCUUCCAAGAGCUCAUGGCCAUGGCCAUCGCUCCUAGAAUGCUUACAAAAGAAGUCAAACCAUCGAAAGACCAGAAGAAGAAAGGAGCCUGAAAAGAGAGAUUAUUGGAAGAGCUCAUGUUUUUUUGUGUUCAGGGCUGUCUAUUUGAAACAGCAACAUACUAUUUACUGGAGACCGAAUGGGACUUGCUAACCUUGCUUUACAUCUGUUGGUCCUUUGGAGGUGAUUUGCAUCUGAUCUUCUUUUCGUGGGAAGUACACUGACAAAGAAAGUCAUACCAGAAUCCAUGAAUAAAUAGAUCUAUCAUUCUUUAGCUUACAAACUCGGUUGCUGGGCCAGCAGCUGUUAGAUCAUCUCGGAGGAUUGAACUAGGAUUGUAAUAUGCAGCUGAGCUUGAUGCAGCGAAAGGAUGUGUAACAAAGAUACAGUCCGACUUAAUUCUCUUGUGCAAAUGCUCUAGGGAAACUGUUUGGCUUUCUACUUACGUUUGUAGUCCUCUAGUACAGAAUUCUCUUGAUGAGACGGAAGUAUUUAGAGAUCCUUUGUACAAAACUCCCUCUUGAUGAGUUCUCUCAAAAAAAGAAAAAGAAAAAGAAAAAAAAAAACUCUUGAUGAGGUGAAGCACGUGUAGACUUAUUCUUUAUAGAAAAAAGCAGAUUUUGCUGUGUUAUCAUAUGAUCAGAGAUUGAUGAACCUUUGUAAGAAAUUUGAUUUUGAUUUAUUUAUUUUUAACAAUUUGAAUUUGAGGUAAA